CUUCUCUCCCUGUUCCCCGACUUCGUUUUUCUCCCAGCAGAGCAGACUCCGCCUGCGGCCGGUUACCUAUCCGUCGGUCACUCUUCCUUCUCCGCAGGUACUGAUUAUUUAGUGAGUUCUGUUGGGUAUGUUUGGUUUGAGAUUUACUGGCGACUUGGACUGCAUGUGGUGGCGGGAUUGCUAAUGGUGGGUUUAGAAUUAAGCCAGCAGAGAUGGAGGAAUUCAUCAAGAAUCUGUCUUAAUGAAUAAAACCGUGAGGGAGCUAGCAGAGUGAGACUGUAUCAAAAUCAUGGAGGGGGUUAGUUCACAAAAUUUUGAGUUGAAGAUGCUGAUGUAGUUUUCAGUGAAUGGUUGUAUCAAAGGCGCUCUUCUUUUUCCCUUUUCCAUCGAUGGAUCCCUUCCCUGCCCUUCUUUUUCUUUUUGUGGGUUCAAUUUGAUCUUUAUUGUACUAUCAUGAGGGCGAUUGAUUGAUGUGUGUUGCUGGAAAUCGUAGAGAAAUGGAGCACGGUUCUCUGAAUGAUCCAAGCAAGGCAACCUUCUCUUUUGUUGAUGAAGACCACACACUUGCAAAUUCCGUCCGAUUCUGCUUGAAUCAAGAUCCAAGGGUAUCAGUCUGUGGUUACAGCAUUCCUCAUCCCUCAGAUGCUCGUGUUAACAUUAGAAUUCAAACUACAGGUGAGCCAGCAAGGGAGGUACUGAAGGAUGGAUGCCAGAAUUUGAUGCUAAUGUGCCAGCAUGUGAGGGGAACUCUGGACAAGGCUGUUGCUGACUUCAGAAUGAACAAUCCCACAAAAAUGGAAACAAAGAGUGACUCAGAAAUGGAAACUUAGAGCGUUUCGGAUUGAAAAAUGACGACGACCAUUGCCAAUCAUAUCAUGUUUGAUUGUAUUUUGUUACACAUUGCUUGUCAGAGUCUUCUAUCGUAAAUCAUUACCAGAUGUAGAUCCCAGAGAUCAGAAUCCUUUCUCCAGGUUUGGACUUGAGAAGAAGGCAAAUUUUGGACACAACAGUAAGCUAUGCUCUUCAAUUUUGAUUUCUAAUGUCGAAAAAUUCAAAUCGGAAUAUACGAAAAUGAGGAGU